AUGAAAGCUCUUCAGCUGCUUCGCCAAACUGCCAGCGAAGCCCCCCGUCUCGUCUUCACUGAGGUGCCAAAGCCAGCACUCGUACCAAACCACGUACUAGUCAAGGUACAUGCUUCGGCGAUCCACCCCAGCGACGUCGGAAAUGCCUCGGGGCUCUUUUCAUACACGCAAUAUCCCCGGGUUGUUGGAAGGGACUAUGCGGGAGUCGUCGAGGAAGGCCCUCGGGAAUUGGUCGGACAAGAGGUCUACGGCACCAGCGGGCACGCGUACGCCUUUACCAAGGACGGAUUCCAAGCGGAAUACUGUCUUGUUCACGAGGAUGACAUUGCCCUGAAGCCGAAGAACGUAUCCUUUGUCGAGGCGGCAACGCUGGGCGUUCCCUUCACGACAGCUUCGCAAAUGGUCGAGAGGGCAGCCAUCACAGAAUCCGACACUGUCCUCGUCAUAGGGGCCAACGGCGCUGUUGGUUCGUCUGCCGUCCAGCUCAUCCAAAACAUUGGCGCUCGCAUCAUCAAGGCCACUCGGGACGAUGGAGGCGAAGUCAACACCGACAAGGACCCAGAACUGAAGGCCGUGGAUGCCCUGACAGAGGGCAAGGGAGUCGACGUCGUCCUCGACACCGUAGGAUCUCCUGCUCUAACGGUUAACAGUCUGAAGAAGCUCGCCAAAAAUGGUCGCCUUGCCUUUAUCUCCGCCCCCAAGGCGGGCGCUCGAGACAUUAGCUUCGACAUGCGUGACUUUUACCGCGCCGAUUUGAGUCUUUUGGGCUGCAAUUCGCUGAACCCCUCGGCGAAGGACAUGGCACGGCGAUUAAGUGCCCUCAAGGAGCAUUUCGAAUCUGGGAAGCUAAAGUCCGACAGCAAAUGGAUCUCAGUGCCUAUUGAUCAGGCAGUGGAGGCGUAUGACAAGUUGCUGAAGAGGACGACGAAUGAAAAGUAUGUCGUGGUGAUGGCGUAA